AUGGCAGCAACCAUGGCAACAAUGGCAGUACUUAAUGCCAAGUGCUUGAGCAUCAACUCCAACAAGAAUAUCAAUCCCACCAAGGCAUCAUCAACAAAACCUAUCUCCCUUCUCUCCAUGCAAAACCUUCCCAAAGGCCUAACCAUCUCAAAACCAGCUGAUAACAUAACCCUAGCUGGUACUGCUGUUGCUGGUGCUAUCUUCACUACCUUGAGUUCAUGUGAUCCUGCUUUUGCUGCACAACAAAUAGCUGAAAUAGCAGAAGGUGACAACCGUGGUUUAGCAUUGUUGCUACCAAUAAUACCAGCCAUAGCUUGGGUGCUAUUCAACAUCCUCCAACCUGCUCUUAACCAGAUUAGCCGCAUGCGAGAGACCAAGGGGGUGAUCAUUGGGCUUGGACUUGGUGGAUUGGCUGCAUCAGGUUUUAUGUCAACGCCAGAUGCAUCAGCCAGUGAGAUUGCCAUGAUUGCUGAUGCAACAAGUGACAGCAGGGGUACCCUUCUGUUGUUUGUUGUCAUUCCUGCUAUCCUUUGGGUGCUCUACAAUAUUCUACAACCAGCUUUGAACCAACUCGAGAGGAUGAGGUCUCAGUGA